GCCGCAAGAGCGCGCUAAAGUGCAUCAACACCAUGGCGAAAGCGACGUCAAGCGUGUGAAUAAAUUUUUGUUUUCUACGUGAUAAUGUUGUUAUCCGCUUGUUUGUAAGUUGAAAGACUCGAAAUAAACUAACUUACAGUGUCUACAUAUUGUCUAGUGUAAAUAUUGAACAUUAAAAGUUGGAAGUUUUGUGUGUGAAGUUGUAACGAACUCUCGGAUCACUUUGGAGUUCAGGUGUCAACGAGGAUGAUAUUCUCCUCAUAUACGGCACCAUUCAGCUAAGAUUUAAAGAUAAUAACAAAGCAGAUAGACAAGACACAAACAGCAAAAUGCAGCGGCAUUAAGCUGCUACACAGGUGGUGUCUCGCCAUGCAGCGCGCGGGUGGGAGAAGGGCCUGUGCGCCAUGAGCCACACUCCUAUAGGCGGCCACCCGCAAGGUUGGGAGCACAAGCUUGCCGACAGGUCGUCGCUGCCGCCGGCUUCUGGGGAGGAAAAGAGCAAAUCUCAGUCCAAAUAUGUGUUCGCACAACCACAACUGUCCAAAGUCAGUAUGGCGUGGCGCGAGCAGACGGAGGGUUCGUCUGGGAGCUCUGCGCGCUCGCCCGCCUCGCCGCCCUACAUGCGCUGGGCGCGCAGUCUGCACGAGUUGCUUGAGGACGCGGAAGGAGUCCGUCUAUUCCGCAAGUACGUGGGCGGCGCGGGCGGGCUGCACGUGGACCGGCUCAACUUCUACUUCGCGGUGCAGGGCCUGCGCCAGGAGUGCGACCCCAACAAGAUACGUCAGGUCGUCUCCGCUAUUUACAAAUUCCUCCGCAAGUCUCAGCUAGCGAUGCCGGAGGAGCUGAAGCAGCACGUCAAGCAGAGCCUCAAGGAUGGCGCCAACAUCGAGAAGACUAUAUUCGACAAUAUGGAACAAGAGGUGACGCGCGCGAUCACGGAGACGACGUACCAGUCGUUCCUGCGGUCGGACGCGUACGUGUCGUACGUGAGCGCCGCCACGCAGCCGCUGUCCUCGCCCGACGCCUCGCCGCCGCAUCCGCCUAGAGAGGGUGCAGUAGGAGGCCUAGCAACGCUCCACGAAGGCCAGGAGCUCGGCACGGGCGGCGCCCCCGCGCGACUCACGCACGACGCGCUGCUCGCCACGCAGUCGCGUCGCCUGCACUCCGACGUCGCUCCGCACCGCAAGCGGUCAGUGUACAGUGCGCACGUGUCGUACGCGGGCUACUGUCCCGCGUCGCGCCAGGACUCGGAGCGCGCGAGCCUCAGCAGCGGCCGCACCGACUCCGAUGCCGUCUCGCUGUCCGGCAGCAGUGUCGAUGGCAUGUCCGCGCGGAACGUCCGCGAGUCUCGCGAGUCGCGACAUCGGCCGCGCUUGCACGGGCUCGACCGCCACGCUGUCAUCAAUAAGGAGCAGGAUACUGCUAUGAUGAUCCCUCGCACGGGUCGCGUGCAAGCGGAACAACUGCGCGUGCUGCCGCCGGCGGAGUUCGCGCCACUACUCAUAGAGAAGCUGGAGCGACUGCGCCGCGACCAGGAGACUAAGGAGCGCCUGGAACGACGCCUUGCUGAGGGUGACGGUGAGGAGGCGUCGAGUCAGGCGCUGCCGCCGCAGCUGGUGGCGGCCGCCAUACGGGAAAAGUUGCAGCUUGAUGACGACAACGAUCAAGAUAUACUCGACCAGCACGUCUCCCGGGUAUGGUCAGAACGCACCCCGGGAGCGUCACCCCCGGGCGGGCGACGUGCACGAGCACGUCACCACCCCGCACACGCCGCACACGCCGCCCAUGCUGCACACGCCGCACAUGGCGCUCGACGAGCCCCGUCCGCGCUGUCGGCGGACUCGGGACAUUAUGACGCGCCGCCUGACUCGCUGCAUCACCCGCACUCGCUUACCCGCAGAUCAUUCUCCAAGAAGACGGUGACGGAGCUUACCGACAGCGGCGUAUCCGUAGUAUCAGAAGGUGGCGUGGAGCCGCGCAUCCUGCUGUGGAUGGCGGAGGGCGAGCGCCUCGAGCGUCGCCACGAGCGAGCCUCCUCCGCCGACCGCGAUGAUCUGCGCCGCAAGGAUAAGCAGACGAGGGCUACGCGUGGCAGCGGCAGCAAGUCGUCGUCGACGUCGGGCGGCGCGGAGCACACGGUGGUGGUGGUGUCGUUCCUGGACGAGCCCGUGCCCUACCGCCUGCGCGUGCCCGCCGCGCCGCUCACGCUGCGCACCUUCAAGGACUACCUGCCCAGGAAGGGCAACUAUAGAUACUUCUUCAAAACUAACUGCGCGGAUUUAGACACGGUGAUCCAAGAGGAGGUGAGCAGCGACUCCGACACGCUGCCCAUGUUCGAGGGGAAGGUCAUGGCCCGCGUCAAGAGCAUCGACUAAACAUCGUCCACACUCACGCACACUGGGACAACUGACCACAUCAAAAUCUACGUACCUACAGACGACAGCACAUUCAAAUUUUUUCAAUAUAUUUUCAACCUUAUCUCAGUAGAGGAAAGUUAAUGUUCGAUUGGUAUUUGCCAGACUCGGGUAGGUUAGUAGGUAGACGCCAGUAUUUUUAUAAUCUACACCUGAUUUUUAUAAUCAAAGCUUCUGGUUUUGGGAAAUGUUCAGCUGUAGAUUAUAAAAAAAACGUUUUAUGAGUAAUUGAUUGAUUAGGUUGACGUGAAUAGUCUGUCAAAAUAUCGAUAACGUUGCUAAAAGUGGUAUGAGAUUUUAUUCUAGUUUGCGAUUUGGUAAACGAGAUCGAAUAAGACUCGUAAUAUUAUCAAAGUAUGAGUAGGAUCGAAUUUCCUGUAUUGAAAACAAUUUGUAGUACAUUUUUUUGUAUAACAUUUUAUAUCUACUUUUCUGUAGAACGAAGCUUUACUCAGAUUUUAGGUAACCUAGUCGAUUUCUUACUCUUGUUAUGUUUGGCAUUUCCAAUAAAUAUCACUCUAACCAGAUCAGAAAAUUCAGUCAGUAUGAAAGAUGUGAGUCAGUGUUCCAGUGUGCAGCGAGAGUGACGCCAGUGAGUACGCGUCGCCCUGUCACACGUGUGCACUACUGUUAAUGUUAGCCAUUGAAUUUCAUUUUAUUAUAAACAAUAUAAGUUAAGUUAUCCCAAUCAGAUAAUAAACUUGUAAUAACUGUACAGCGACGGCAGGGCGGCUAUAGAAUAUUAAAUAAAUUAUUUAUUUUAAUAAACGUUACGAUAAGUCUAAUCGUAAUAGGUAUAACUGCGCGACAUUGUAUAAAUUCUGUUCCUCAUUGACUCUUUAAGCUUUUUUUAAUUAAUUUUAAUUAUUUUUUUACUACGAGCUAGUUGAGUACGCUUACUAUUGUACGAUAUUUUUUUAAAUCGCAAAUUGACGGUAUGCAAACAUUUUUUUUAUAUUCCUAGUGUUACAUGAAUGACUGCUUAGUUUGUAUAUUUUUAAAUUAAUAUUUUAGAUGUAAAAUGACGUGUUCUGUUUAAAUAUAAAAUAUAGUUUCGUUAAAAUUGGAGAUUCGUUAUUUGUGAUGGGAGUAUGAAAUAUUACCGAAAUGGCGCCAAGUGUGCUGGUGACUGGCUCAUUCGUUAUCAUUUAAUAUAAAGUACAAUUAAUUUAUAAACUACGUGUAAAAUCGAAAAUAGCGAUUUAUCGAAUCGAAAUGUUAUUCCUAUUAUAAUCAUUACAUGUAUGAAACGCCAAUCACCAGCAUAGUUUCUGCCAGUUUGCCGUUCAAUUCAAAAUUAUUGACAAAACUAUCGUACGCACGACGGGAUCUCAAUCAAAUAUCAAUGUAAUGAAUUAAACUGCACUUUUAAGUGGAGACAUGUUUUUAUAUAAAUAAUUUCCGUUCCGCAGCUGUGAAUAGAACUAAUUAGCGAAAUAGUUUGUAAGAAUAAAUUUAUGUUUAUUCUGUAACGUGACCGGUCUUAGCCGGCUCAGUUGUAAGCACAGUUGAUGUCUUUUAGUGUCUUUUGAACUUUUUUUACCUACUAAAUCUGAUAAGUAAUAGAGGUUGCUUUCAUACUACGUUCUUCAUAAAACCGAGAGUGAAAUCGAUCCCUAUUAUUGUCAAUGUAACUCAUAAGGCUGCUAUUAGUCUUCUUGUAUUCUUCCAAUUUCCUAUAACGUUAGUUCAACUGUGUCGGCGACUGGGCCAAAGUACUUGCUAUACUAUCAUUGCCAGACUGAGUUUCCCUAAGUCAACUUCAAUUAUAUUAACUAGUCUACGUCUGCGUUGCACGAAACUUUACCACCGAACUAAUAUUACGAAAUUAUCCCAUGUUUAUCUACUUUUAACAAUAAAUAUAAAUAAUGUUAGAACAAACAGUUGGCGGCGAGUGUCGUGCGACGCGGAUGGUUCGAUACCAGUACUUAUUUCGCAUAUUGUAUAAUAUUGUGUAAGUUAGCAUGUCACGUCCGGUCCAUUAUGUACCAACAGUCCAGCUUGUAUUGUUUGUCCAAACUUCUUGCAAAACUCACUGAUGUUAUGUGACAUACUAAUUAUACCCACAAUUAUCCCACAUUGGAAUAAUAUUUAAAUUAAUUUAAUCAUUCAACCUUUUUUUACAAAGUUUCGACAGACGAUAUAACUUGCAGUGUUGCCAUGUAAAAUAGAAGUACAGAGGAAUGUUGCCAGCGGAGAGUGCACCUAAUGUUUGCACAUAUAUGACGAGAAUCGGGUGCGGAAUCAUGUGCCUUCAAUGUUGAUAAAAAUUUUCAUAGUUGAUGCUUCUAAUUAGUUGUAAGUUAACACAUUGUAAAUAUAGAAGUAACGCUACGAUCGUUUCGAACUCUUUAUUUUUUAUUAAUUUAAUUAAACAAAUCAUUUUUUUAUUUAUUGCCUAAGGUUGCGUUGUGACGCCUACCAUCAAACACAAAAUAUCACGAUUGUGUAACUCACGCUUUAGAUGAUCACGUCAUUCAGCUUAGAAUAUGCGUUGUUUAAAAAUAUUGAUAGGAAUCCAAAAUGCCAUUAAUUCGGCUUUUAGACGUCGCUCAAAUUUAUAAUCUUGUGUUGUUACAACACAACAUUGUUUUAUCACUGCCAGUGUGUUUUCCAUUUAUUUGUAAGUAAAACCUUGCCAAUUCGUCUAAAGCCCUAGGUUCGUGUAUAUUGCGGCUCGGUGUAACUUCACAUCUUUACUGUUUUUUGUAAAUAAAUCGUUAUAUUUUAUGUUUGAUGCGCAGUACAUUUUUGUAAUGCCCAGUAAUAUGAACAUAGACCGCGCGAUGCCCGGCCAUUUGACAAUAUGACUGUAUAAAUAGAUGAAUUACUAUAUCGUUUUUAAAUUAUAUUAUACGAGGCACUUUCGAUGUAAAAGUACCUUUGUACUACCAAAAAGGUCCAACAGAGGCAUAUCUGUGCGUGUCGUCUUCAAUAUGCAUCGAUUUCUGUCGAUACAUACACAGGAAAGAUGAUCGAUUCGAAUUGUUAUAUAAGUACGAUACCUACAGAACUAAGCCAAGGGCUCAAACUAUAUCGGUUAAAUAAAAUGCUUGUUAAAAUUGUAAAAAAUAUAAUGUUUUCCAAUUUAGAGUGUACGAAUGUGAAGAUAAACGAUUUGUAAUAAAAGCUAAGUAUUAAUUUCAUCAACGAUACGACACACGGCCGCCUGUUCGUCAGCGGUCGAUGGUUAAUAGUAAAAGAAUUUCACUAAUCGGACUGUAUUAUUUUUUUAUCUAGCACAUGUAACAUUUAAAAAAUAAACUGGAACUGUGCCAUAUG